AUGUCCGAUCUAACUUCGCAACUCCAACAACUCACUGCACGGCUGGAGAGUUCAGCCCCCAUCUUGAGUUCUGAUGAGAGUAAACUCCUCUUUAAUAGCUUUCUUCCUUUAUCGCCUACAGAAUCUAAAUCGCUGGCUUAUAUAGCCCUCGCGAAGCUAUGUUCUUCUGUCCGGGACGCAUCUCCAGCAUCCGAUAACACUUCUGACCCAAUCAUGCCUAUGUUUACCACGGAAUUGGAUCACCGUCUGAGCAGUACAAAAGCCGAUUCUGUAACCUCUGCCCUUGGACUUCUCUACGCACUAUUCCAGGUAGACCCGGCUGCUGCUACAGCACUGUUCUCUCUCCCGGAAACGGUAUCCUCACUUGAAGAUAUACCGGAGAUUUUCUCAGAUGCUACUUCACCUGUUAUCAAACCUUUUGCUAGUCUACUUGCCCAGGCUGCCAGUAAUUCUUCAUGCCGUAACCUGAUAAAUGAGCGUGGAAGAUCGUGGUUGAUGAUGCAGGCUCGACAAACUCGUGAUCCUAAGCUGCAAGCCUCAGCUGCGGUUGCGUUAACGAAACUUGCUCGCGGUAUCCCCGUGUCAUCCUUAGAAUCUCAGGUUCAAGAUGCUCAAGAUGCUCAAGACGUUGUUAGCACACAAAGGGAGGAGCAAGCAUUAUUGAAACUUAUGUCUGGCCUCGUGAUAUCUGGGCCGAAUGACACAAAAGCAACCGACGACGCGUCUUCGGUAGUCGACUCAAUCGAAGGCCUUACACACCUCUCGGCUUCGCCAGAGCACAAGAACGAUAUUGCCAAAAACACACCAUUAUUAAAGAAAAUGUUUGCUCUUGUCCCAGUGGCGUCGGCGUCGGCUAAAGCUUCCGCACAGCUCAAGAAUAACUUCGAUGAAUCUGCUAUGUUCCAUCGCGAUAAUUCUGUUCUCCUAUUUGGAAUUGCGUCUAUUGUUAGCAAUCUUGUAUCAUAUCGUCCGCCACGUUCUAAAGAGGAACGUGCAAUUGAACAACUUCGGCGGACUGCGACUCCUGGGGCGAAACGUAACACACUCCCAGUUGCUGUGGAUGAUCCGGCCGAUGCAGACUCCGCGGUGGCCGCUCGUGCUAGAUUAGUCAUCCAGGCCGGCGUGCUUCCAGCGCUGAGUGCUCUUGCUCAAAGUACCAGCAUUGGUGUACGACGCGCGACUGGAAGCGUUUAUCUUGGUCUUGUAACCGAACAAACGAACCGAGGAAAAGUUAUCCAGGGUGGUGGUAUCAAAGCACUUUUACAUAUUGCUCAAAGGGCCACAUACGACCGACCUCCAAAUGCACCGGACGUUUUAACGCCCCAUGAUCUACUACCGCUUCAGGCACUUGCGAAGCUCACUAUUACCCAUCCUCCCAAUCUAUUAUUCGGUAACUCUCCGAGAUCAGCUAUCGGUCCGUUGUCUACUCUGUUAUCUCAUAGUGAUGCGACCACGCUUCAGCAAUUCGAGGCCCUUAUGGCGUUGACCAAUAUAGCCGGGGUAGACCCAGAAGGUGUACUCAAACCAGUUGGUGCUCGUCGAAUCGAGGAGCUUAUGCUAGAUGAACACAAAAUGCUCCGACGUGCGGCAGUUGAAUUGCUGUGCAACCUAGUUGGUUCGGAUGAAAUCUGGAAGCGAUACACAGGGGAGGGAGAAGAGGACAAUCAAGCCGGUAAAGCCGUGCAGUCCCGGCUUCACGUUUUGAUGGCCCUUUCCGAUGUGGAAGAUUUGCCGACCCGCCGCGCCGCAAGCGGAGCGCUCGCGAUGCUUACAUCAUCCUCUUCAGUUGUUGAUUCUUUGCUCGAGCUGGAGCGUGGGCCAUCACGGUUAAUGAAGGUAGUCAGGGAACUGGUAUAUCCAAAUGAUGACCAAGACAGUGAAGAUGAGGGCGAAGAAGAGCCUAUGGAACAUGACGCCUCUCUCACGCUUCGUGGGGCAACAAUUGCAUGCAACGUGUUGACUAGAGCCCCUUCUCACUUCAAGCAGGACUUGGUUGACGCAAGCCAAGAAACGGGACUUCUGGGUGCCCUGCUGCAAACAGUUCAAACUGGCGAUGACGCCUCCAAACGGCCAGCUGCUGAAGCCCUAGUUUGGAUCGGCAGGGCUCAAGGUCAAAUACCAUCAAUAUAG